AUGGUAACAGCGUCAGAGAAAUUUCGUACAACUGUCGACAUCACUGAGAACGUUAACAACAAUCCUGUUCACUGUAACAAUAAUAAUAAUAGUACUAUAAUGGAAGAUAUUGCUAAUGUUAAUUUUUAUACUACGGAAACAGCGAAAAUACCGCACGAAGAUACUGUAAUAAAUAACGAGAACGAAAAUUCGUAUCGAUCCGGAUGCACCGAUUUGUCAGCGAUCCUCGAACAAUGGCGAAAAAGGAUAAUCGUACGGAACACCAGCAACACAGCGGAGCAUAAUCCUUUACGGAUGUCUAAUAAUGAAUUAGGUUUAGUAAAUAUCGAAGAGGCACGGUACAAAUCGAAGUCAGAUCACGAAGUCAGUUAUCCUUAUCCUUUCACAGAUUAUAUACGUCCUCGCGUUUGCGCCGAUUUUUCACCUCUAAGUACUUAUAGCAAGCCGCACCAUCGACUUGUCAGGAAUCUGAAAUCGAUUACGAUUAAUUAUGAAUCGAAUUUAAGAAACGAUCGCGGCAAUUCGAAAAGGUCGAGGAGGAUGUCGCAUUUGUUUUUCCGCGGCAAACGGAGAAGAUCGAAUCGAAGCACUUCGGACGACGAAGAGUUCAAGCUGCAGGAUCAGUGGAAUAAAACGUUAUUGUUGCCAAAAUUGUUGGAAGCAUCACAGGUUGAACGAAAUACCAACGAAUCUUCUUCGCCUUUUCCGAGUCGAAGUUUAGACGUAUAUGGAAUACUGAGACUAAAUUCAGUCUCUCAGAAACCAAUUGGGUUUGUUAAAAAGAGAAGAAAAAGGAAUAUUUUGAAUAAAAGAAGCACGGAUAUUUAUCAGAAAGAAAUGACCGCAUAUGUGGAUACGUUUAAAAUGUUAUUUACAACUGAUACACCGCAGGUUGAGUCUCAGUUGACGUACAAUACUGAGCACCAAAGUGAAAUAGAUAUUUUGCAAACAACGCUGAGUUGGUUAAAUCAGGGACUAGCAAGCACAACUGUGUCGCCAGAGGUAAUAGGACAAACUGUUACAGAAGAAUUUGGCACAUUUUAUGAUCAGCAAUAUAAAGAAGAUUAUAAAGAAGCAUAUGAAGGAGAAUAUAAAGAAGAGACGACUGAAAAAUCUACCGGGUGGUAUGAAUACGAUGAGCAUAUAGGAACGAUUGCAAUAACCGCUAAAAAAACCACAAGAACACUUACGACCGAAAGUACUACUGAAAUGUUCACAUCUACACAAACUUCUGCCUUUACAACACAAGAAUUUGUAAUUCCAGCCACAACCAGUACAACUACAGAGUUAAAAACAACAGCAGAAACGACUACAAAAAUGACAGAAAGUACGUCAACAGAAUUGCCCUUAACUACAACUGAAAUAAGUACCACAAUAACGGCUCCUCCCGUCAUUACAACAACAAAAGGCACAACGGUUAGAAUAAUAGAUACAGUUGCCACUACCACAAUUUUGCCAACAAGUACAAUAGAACUCACAACGGAGGGAACAACAUUAGCUGUUACAACCGUGCGAGAACCGAUAAAAACAGAAGUUACAACACCAACUAAAACCGUUCCGAUGACUACUACUACAUCGAUGGUGGUAACAAUUACAACUACACCGGUCACAACAACCACACCAAUACCCACCACUACAAGCCUGCAGACCAUAACAACCACAAAGCCUACCAUGACAGAAAGAACUGUAGAAACUACAGUCGUCACCACACCGACACCACUUGCAACAACAAUUGAAACAACCACAACAAAAGAACCCAUGCCCAUCACUACCAGUACAACGAUGGAGCCAACUACAACAGCACCAACAACAGUAACUACGGUGCCAGACACAACUAGAACAAGUCUAUCCACAACAAGAACGACAGAAACCCCAACGGAGGAGGCAACAUCUACAGUAACAACCACACACGCACCAACGACAGUAACUACGGUGCCAGACACCACUACAACGAGUCUGUCAACAACAAGAACAACAGAAACGCCAACGGAGGAGGUAACAUCUACAGUAACAACAACUCACGCACCAACAACAGAAACAACUACUGCAACAAGUACCGUUUCCACAAUAACUACACUAACGAUACCGCCGACAACAACACAAACGAUAAUAACAACGGAGGUGAUGCACACAACAGCAGUGAUUCCACGGAGAACAAGCACGACUGAAGCCACGUCAGAAGAGAAGAUAGUGGAUACAUCACUAACCACGUUAAUAACAACUGAGAAAAUUACUACAUUGCAAAAGGUACCUAUUUCAACUACAACGACAACGCUGCCGAAAACAAGAACGAUGGAAGCAACUACCAGCCCAACAACCGUGUUUGUUACCACCACAACGGCGAUGAUAACUACACCAACUACAAUGCAGGCGACUACAGAAGAAACAACGAUCAUGACAACAGCACCGGUACCGCUAAUAACAACAGACACAAGUACACCGGCACGAACAGCGCCUGCUACAACAACGACAACCACGGUGGAAGGCACUGCAAAGGAAACACCAAUUACCACAUCAACGCAGACGCAGGUAACGACAACGGCAACAAUUAAAACAACUCUAACCGUGCCAGCUACUACAGCAACACCGCUGGUACCAACGACAACUACUGUAGAAGCCACUACCAAAACGAUAACAGUUACCACAUCAUUUCUAGCUCCUUCAACAACAACAGAAACAAUUACAACCACACGAACUAUACCCGUUACUACUACAAUGGAAACCGUACCCACAACAAUUACGGAGAAAAUCACAACAGAGGAAACCACAAUUACUACAUCAACGCCGCCGCUACAUAUUACAACUGAAACAAUUACAACAACGUUAACCAUGCCCGUCGUUACCACAACGUCCAUGGUACCACCGACGACUAGGGUGGAAAAAAUAGCAGAGAAAACGACAACUACCACGUUAAUGCCUAUGCCGGUGUUAACGACGGAAACAAUUACGACAGCUCUAACCGUGCCUCUGACUACGACAACUCCAGUAGAGCCUAUGACAUCUGCGGUGGAAGUCACCACAGAAGAAACGACAGUUACCACAACAACGCCAAUGCCGGUGACAAAAUCUGAAACAAUUACGACAUCUCUAACCGUGUCUAUAACUAUGACAACUCCAGUAGAGUCUACGACAUCCACGGUAGAAAUCACCACAAAAGAAACGACAGUUACCACAUCAACACCAAUGCCAGAAACAACAACUGAAACAAUUACGGCAGCUCUAACCGUGCCUCUGACUACGACAACUCCAUUAGAGCCUACGACAACUACGGCGGAAUUCACCACAGAAGAAACGACAGUUACCACAUCAACGCCAAUGCCAGAAACAACAACUGAAACAAUUACGACAGCUCUAACCGUGCCUCUGACUACGACAACUCCAGUAGAGCCUAUGACAUCUGCGGUGGAAGUCACCACAGAAGAAACGAUAGUUACCACAACAACGCCAAUGCCGGUGACAAAAUAUGAAACAAUUACGACAUCUCUAACUGUGUCUAGGACUACGACAACUACGGCGGAAGUCACCACAGAGGAAACGACAAUUACUACAUUAACGUCAAUGCCGGUGACGAAAACAGAAUCAAUUACGACAGCUCUAACCGUGCCUCUGACUACCACAACUCCAUUAGAGCCUACGACAACUACGGUGGAAGUCACCACAGAAGAAACGACAGUUACCACAACAACACCAAUGCCGGUGACAAAAUCUGAAACAAUUACGACAUCUCUAACCGUGUCUAUAACUAUGACAACUCCGGUAGAGCCAUCGGCAACUACGGCGGAAGUCACCACAGAAGAAACAACACUUACCACUUCAACGCCAAUGCCAGUAACUACAACUGAAACAAUUACGACAGCUCUAACCGUGCCUCUGACUACGACAACUCCAGUAGAGUCUACGACAUCUGCGGUGGAAGUCACCACAGAAGAAACGACAGUUACCACAACAACACCAAUGCCGGUGACAAAAUCUGAAACAAUUACGACAUCUCUAACCGUGUCUAUAACUAUGACAACUCCGGUAGAGCCAUCGGCAACUACGGCGGAAGUCACCACAGAAGAAACAACACUUACCACUUCAACGCCAAUGCCAGUAACUACAACUGAAACAAUUACGACAGCUCUAACCGUGCCUCUGACUACGACAACUCCAGUAGAGUCUACGACAUCUACGGUGGAAAUCACCACAAAAGAAACGACAGUUACCACAUCAACACCAAUGCCAGAAACAACAACUGAAACAAUUACGACAGCUCUAACCGUGCCCCUGACUACGACAACUCCAUUAGAGCCUACGACAACUACGGUGGAAUUCACCACAGAAGAAACGACAGUUACCACAUCAACGCCAAUGCCAGAAACAACAACUGAAACUAUUACGACAGCUCUAACCGUGCCUCUGACUACGACAACUCCAGUAGAGUCUACGACAUCUGCGGUGGAAGUCACCACAGAAGAAACGACAGUUACCACAUCAACGCCAAUGCCAGAAACAACCACUGAAACAAUUACGACAACUCUAACCGUGCCUCUGACUACGACAACUCCGGUUGAGCUAACGACAACUACGGCGGAAGUCACCACAGAAGAAACGACAGUUACCACAUCAACGCCAAUGCCAGAAACAACAACUGAAACAAUUACGACAGCUCUAACCGUGCCUCUGACUACGACAACUCCAGUAGAGUCUACGACAUCUGCGGUGGAAAUCACCACAGAAGAAACGACAGUUAGCACUUCAACGCCAAUGCCAGAAACAACAACUGAAACAAUUACUACAGCUCUAACCGUGCCUCUGACUACGACAACUCCAGUAGAGUCUACGAUAACUACGGCGGAAGUCACCACAGAAGAAACAACACUUACCACUUCAACGCCAAUGCCAAUAACCACAACUGAAACAAUUACGACAGCUCUAACCGUGCCUCUGACUACGACAACUCCAGUAGAGUCUACGACAUCUGCGGUGGAAGUCACCACAGAAGAAACGACAGUUAGCACUUCAACGCCAAUGCCAGUAACAACUACAGAAAUAGUUACGACCGCUCUAACUGUGCCUCUGACUACGACAACUCCAGUAGAGUCUACGACAUCUGCGGUGGAAAUCACCACAGAAGAAACGACAGUUACCACAACAACACCAAUGCCGGUGACAAAAUCUGAAACAAUUACGACAUCUCUAACCGUGUCUAGGACUACGACAACUACAGUAGAGCCAACGACAACUACGGCGGAAGUCACCACAGAAGAAACGACAGUUACCACAACAACGCCAAUGCCGGUGACAAAAUAUGAAACAUUUACGACAUCUCUAACCGUGUCUAGGACUACGACAACUACAGUAGAGCCAACGACAACUACGGCGGAAGUCACCACAGAGGAAACGACAAUUACUACAAUAACGUCAAUGCCGGUGACGAAAACAGAAUCAAUUACGACAGCUCUAACCGUGCCUCUGACUACGACAACUCCAUUAGAGCCUACGACAACUACGGUGGAAGUCACCACAGAAGAAACGACAGUUACCACAUCAACGCCAAUGCCAGAAACAACCACUGAAACAAUUACGACCGCUCUAACUGUGCCUCUGACUACGACAACUCCAGUAGAGUCUACGACAUCUGCGGUGGAAAUCACCACAGAAGAAACGACAGUUACCACAUCAACGCCAAUGCCAGAAACAACAACUGAAACAAUUACGACAGCUCUAACCAUGCCUCUGACUACGUCAACUCAAGUAGAGUCUACGACAUCUGCGGUGGAAAUCACCACAGAAGGAACGACAGUUACCACAUCAACGCCAAUGCCAGAAACAACAACUGAAACAAUUUCGGCAGCUCUAACCGUGCCACUGACUACGACAACUCCAGUAGAGCCGAUGACAUCUGCCGUGGAAGUCACCACAGAAGAAACGACAGUUAUCACAACAACGCCAAUGCCGGUAACAAGAUCUGAAACAAUUACGACAUCUCUAACCGUGUCUAGGACUACGACAACUACAGUAGAGCCAGCGACCACUACGGCGGAAGUCACCACAGAGGAAACGACAAUUACUAUAUUAACGUCAAUGCCGGUGACGAAAACAGAAUCAAUUACAAGAGCUCUAUCCGUGCCUCUGACUACGACAACUCCAGUAGAGUCUACGACAUCUGCGGUGGAAGUCACCACAGAAGAAACGACAGUUAGCACUUCAACGCCAAUGCCAGUAACAACUGCAGAAAUAGUUACGACCGCUCUAACUGUGCCUAUGAUUACCGCAAUUCCGGUAGAGGCAACAAGAACUACGGUGGGACUCACCACAGAAGAAACGACAGUUACCACUUCAACGCCAAUGCCGGUGACAACAACUGAAACAAUUACGACAGCUCUAACGGUGUCUAUAACUAUGACAACUCCGGUAGAGCCAACGACAACUACGGCGGAAGUCACCACAGAAGAAACAACAGUUACUACAUCAACGCCAAUGCCAGUAACAACAACUGAAGCAAUUACGACAGCUCCAACGGUGUCUAUGACUAUGACAACUCCAUUAGAGCAAUCGACAACUACGGCGGAAGUCACCACAGAAGAAACGACAAUUACUACGUUAACGUCAAUGCCGGUGACGACAACAGAAUCAAUUACGACAGCUCUAACCGUGCCUCUGACUACGACAACUCCAUUAGAGCCUACGACAACUACGGUGGAAGUUACCACAGAAGAAACGACAGUUACCACAUCAACGCCAAUGCCAGAAACAACAACUGAAACAAUUACGACAGCUCUAAUCGUGCCUCUGACUACGACAACUCCAUUAGAGCCUACGACAACUACGGUGGAAGUUACCACAGAAGAAACGACAGUUACCACAUCAACGCCAAUGCCAGAAACAACAACUGAAACAAUUACGACAGCUCUAAUCGUGCCUCUGACUACGACAACUCCAUUAGAGCCUACGACAACUACGGUGGAAGUCACCACAGAAGAAACAACAGUUACUACAUCAACGCCAAUGCCAGUAACAACAACUGAAACAAUUACGACAGCUCUAACCGUGCCUGUGACUACGACAACUCCAUUAGGGUCUACGACAACUACGGUGGAAGUCACCACAGAAGAAACGACAAUUACUACAUUAACGUCAAUGCCGGUAACGACAACAGAAUCUAUUACGACAGCUCUAACCGUGCCUCUGACUGCGUCAACUCCAUUGGAACCUACGACAACUACGGUGGAAGUCACCACAGAAGAAACGACAGUUACGGCAUCAACGCCGAUGCCAGUGCCGACAACAGAAACGAUUACGACAUCUCUAACCGUGUCUACGACUACGACAACUAGAGUGGAGCCAACGACAACUACGGCGGAAGUCACCACAGAGGAAACGACAGUUAGCACAUUAACGUCAAUGCCGGCGACGACAACUGAAACAAUUAAGACAGCUUCAACGGUGUCUACAACUAUGACAACUCCGGUUGAGAUAACGACAACUACGGCGGAAGUCACCACAGAAGAAACAACAGUUACCACUUCAACGCCAAUGCCAGUAACCACAACAGAAAUAGUUACGACCGCUCUAACUGUGCCUAUAAUUACCGCAAUUCCGGUAGAGACAAGAAGAACUACGGUGGAACUCACCACAGAAGAAACGUCAGUUAGCACUUCAACGCCAAUGCCAGUAACAAGAGCUGAAGCAAUUACGACAGCUCCAACGGUGUCUAUUACUAUGACAACUCCAUUAGAGCAAUCGACAACUACGGCGGAAGUCACCACAGAAGAAACGACAAGUACUACAUUAACGUCAAUGCCGGUGACGACAACAGAAUCAAUUACGACAGCUCUAACAGUGCCUCUGACUGCGUCAACUCCAUUGAAGCCGACGACAACUACGGAGAAAGUCACCACAGAAGAAACAUCACUUAUCACAUCGACGCCACUGCCGGUGACGACAACUGAAACAAUUACGACAGCUCCAACGGUGUCUAUGACUAUACCAACUCCAUUAGAGCCCACGACAUCUGCGGUGGUAGUCACCACAGAAGAAACGACAGUUACUACAUCAACGCCAAUGCCAGUAACAGCAACUGAAGCAAUUACGACAGCUCCAACGGUGUCUCUGACUAUGACAGCUCCAUUAGAGCCAACGACAACUACGGUCGAAGCCACCACCGAAGAAACGACAAUUAGCACAUUAACGUCAAUACCGGUGAUGACAACAGAAACAAUUACGACAGCUCUAACCGUGCCUACGUCUACGACAACUCCAGUAGAGCCUACGACAUCUGCGGUGGUAGUCACCACAGAAGAAACGACAGUUACCACUUCAACGCCAAUGCCAGUAACAAGAUCUGAAGCAAUUACGACAGCUCCAACUGUGUCUAUAACUAUGGCAACUCCGGUAGAGCCAACGACAACUACGGCGGAGUUCACCACAGAAGAAACGACAAUUACCACAUUAACGUCAAUGCCGGUGACGACAACUGAAACAAUUACGACAACUCUAAUCGUGCCUACGACUACGACAACUCCAGUAGAGCCGACGACAACUGCGAUGGAAACCACCACAGAAGAAACGUCAGUUACCACAUUAACGCCGACGGCUCUAACAACAACGGAAAGUAUUUCAAUAUCUCCAACUAUACCAGUAACUGCUACAACGGUGAUGAUACCCACAAGUGGGUGGGAAUCCACUAUAGAAGAAACAAUUACCACAUCAAUACCAACACCUGUAUCAACAACGGAAUCUAUUACAGCCUCACUAACCUUGCCUCUUACCUCACUAACAACUGCCUCGUCGGUGGUCUCUACAGAGGAAAUUGCAAGUGUCACAUCAACGACAACAUGGUUAACAGCAACUGAAGGAAUUACAUCAGCUUUAACUUUGCUGGUUACUACCUCAUCAACGAUUGUACCUAUAACUACGGUGAGAGCAACUACAAUGGAAACAGCUACCACGGCUAGUGAAACGACAGUGACAUCAGCUACAGUAACAAUGUCCCCUCUAUCGAAGACCACAGAAGUAGUCACCGAAAGAACAAUUUUGGCUACCACUAUUACACCUACUGUGGGCACUAUACACAUUUCUAUUACGAUAUCACCAUCGGCGACUGAAACAGUAGGACCGACGUUUGCUACAACAGCGAUAAUUACCACUGAAGGUGCCACUAUAUCCACUACAUCAACAUCUGCCUUAACAACGGAAGCAUCUGUAUUAACAACAACGCCUGAAACAACAAUUGCGGAAGAAACUACAACUACUGGUUUUGUACCUAUCGUAGGAACGUUAACAACAGAAUCGACCAUACGUACUACUGAAUUUCCAAUUGAAAUUUCUACAACGCCUUCUCCCAGUACCAUGGGAACAACAGUAACUAUCAGCGAAGCAAUUACAAUCACCACUAGAGCCACUCAUCUCGAAACAACAACUGUUUCUGGAACCAGGGAAUCUACUACCGAGGGCAUAAUUACAUCGACUCCAUUUUCUUCAGUGAUAUACACUGAAUCUGAAAUUCCUACUGCCAGUAUCACAACUGAAAGUUAUACUCCUGUCAUAGAAACACCAUUAUACACAACAGAGUUAUUAGAAUUUACAACAGAAGCACUUACUCCCACUACCGAAAUUUAUCUUUUGCCGAUUACUACAAGUUUUAUUCUUCCUUCGUUGCCCACGAUGACAGAAGUAAUAACAUUACUCACUAAAACUGAAAUAGUUAGAACAACGAAAACUGUUGAAUUAAUAACACCAUCGAGAACAACAUUACCAGUAACGAAACACGUUACUGUAACCGAGACAUUUCAGGACUUAGAGUACGAAAAGGAAUAUAAAGAAGCAUACGAGGAAGGAGAGGAAGAAGAACCUACCGAAGAACCGGAAUGGCAUGCUUACGAAGAAGAAGAGAUGAUUACUACAAAGCCUGUUGUAGAAAAGACAACAAAGUGGAUACGUGCAACAACCACUGUUGCACCGCUAAUCACAACGUUUACGACAGCAAGUACAACAGAAACAACAUUAACGACUGCAGAACAUACUACUGUAUCUACAAUAGUAACAACAGUUACGACUAUGGAAUCUCCUACAACUGAAAGUACAACUACAGAGAGUACACGGCUAACUAGUGAAAAAACUACCGUCAAAAUUCCAUCACCAACCAUUGAAAGUACUAGUACCGAAAGUACAUCGCCUCUGAUUGAAAGUACUACCGUAACAAUUUCAGCACCUACCACAGAGAGUACUACAUUGAAAGCUUUACCACUUACAACUGAAAGCACCACAAUUGAAGUCGUCCCUGUCUCCACAGAAAUACCGUCCCUCAAUGAAACUACAGAAGCAACUGAAGAAACAACUAUAUCUGUUACAGAAAAAGUAACAUUGCUCACACCUACGACUAUAACCACUGAAUCAGUGACAGUUAAUGUAACAACAGAAACAAUGGAAACAACAACGGUGUCUCCAAAGGCAGAAAUCACUACAUUAUUACCUACUACUAAGACUACCACUGUAACUACUAAAACACCGUUUGUUACAACAGAAUCCACGACAGAGUCUGUAACUGUAGCCACUGAAACAAUAGAAACAACGUCACUUAGAACAGAAGUGACUACGAAAUUUCCAGUUACUGAAAUCACAAAUGCAACUACAGAAACAGAAUCCAGAACAGAGUAUAUUACUGCAACAACAGAAACGCUACCUGUUAACAUAACUACUGCAACAACUGAAACAACAAUAUCUAUCGAAACGGAAAUCACUUCUCCUCUUACUGAAGUUACAAGUGCAACAGUAAGGAGCCCAUCUAUCACUACUGAAACGUCGGAAGUGACAACUAAAUCAACAACUGAAAUACUAUCCGUUAAUAUAACUACUGAAACAACUACAUCAAUGGAGACGGAAAUCACUUCUCCUCGCACUGAAGUUACAAGUGUAACCGUAACGGCACCAUCUACCACUACUGAAACGACAGAAGUGACAACUACGUCUACAACUAAAAUACUACCCGUUAAUAUAACUACUGAAACAACAGAAACAACUACACCAAUGGAGACUGAAGUCACUUCUACUAUUGAAGUUACGAAGACAACAGUGAUGACACCAUUUAUAACUACUGCAAGGACAGAAAUAACAACUGAAACCACCAGUAUAACAACUGAAAUAUUAUCCGUUAAUAUAACUACUGAAACAACAGAAACAACUAUACCAAUGGAGGCUGAAGUCACUUCUACUAUUGAAGUUACAAAGACAACAAUGAAAACACCAUCUAUUACUACUGAAACGUCAGAAGUGACAACUGAAACAUUACCCAUUAAUAUUACUACUGAAACAACAAUGUCUAUCGAAACGGAAAUCACUUCUCCUCGUACUGAAGUUACAAGUGUAACCGUAACGACCCGACCUACCACAACUGAAACGUCGGAAGUGGCAACUAAAUCCACAACUGAAAUAUUACCCGUUAAUAUAACCACUGAAACAAUCGAAACAACUACACCAAUGGAGACAGAAAUCACUUCUCCUUCUAUUGAAGUUACAAAUGUAACAGUAACGACCCCAUCUAUCUCUAUUGAAACUACAGAAGUAACAACUGAAACCACCACUAUAACAACUGAAACAUUACCUAUUAAUAUAACCACUGAAACAGCCAAGACAACUACAUCAAUGGAGGUGGAAAUCACUUCUCCUACUAUUGAAGUUACAAAUGUAACAAUAACGACCCCAUCUAUUACUAUUGAAUCGACAAAAGUAACAACUGAAGCCACCACUGUAACAUCUGAAACAUUACCUAUUAAUAUAACCACUGAAACAGCCAAGACAACUACAUCAAUGGCGGUGGAAAUCACUUCUCCUACUAUUGAAGUUACAAAUGUAACAGUAACGACCCCAUAUAUCUCUAUUGAAUCGACAAAAGUAACAACUGAAGCCACCACUGUAACAACUGAAACAUUACCUAUUAAUAUAACCACUGAAACAGCCAAGACAACUACAUCAAUGGCGGUGGAAAUCACUUCUCCUACUAUUGAAGUUACAAAUGUAACAGUAACGACCCCAUAUAUCUCUAUUGAAACGAUAGAAGUAACAACUGAAGCCACCAUUAUAACAACUGGAACAUUACUCAUUAAUAUAACUACUGAAACGGCAGAAACAACAAUAUUUAUCGAAACGGAAAUCACUUCUCCUUUUACUGGAGUUCCAAAUAUAACAAUAACGAUCCCAUCUACCACUACUGAAACGUCGGAAGUGACAACUAGAACCACCAGUAUAACAACUGAAACAUUACCCAUUAAUAUAACUACCGAAACAGCAGAAACAACAAUAUCUAUCGAAAAGGAAAUCACUUCUCCUUUUACUGGAGUUCCAAAUACAACAAUAACGAUCCCAUCUACCACUACUGAAACGUCAGAAGUGACAACUAAAUCCACAACUGAAAUAUUACCCGUUAAUAUAACCACUGAAACAACUGAAACAACAAUAUCUAUCGAAACGGAAAUCACUUCUCCUCUUACGGAAGUUAAAAAUGUAACUAUAGAAACCCCGUCCAUUAUCACUGUAACACCGGAAACCACAUCUAAAUCUACAUCCGUAAUAGCAGCAACUGUACCAAGCAACGUAACUGCGGAAAAAACAGAAACCGCUGCUUCUAUCGAGAUUGAAGUCACUUCACGAUUGCCAACAACUGAGAUCACAAAUAUGACUACCGAAACCGUAUUUACUACAGAGUCUUUACCAGCAAUUACAGAAUCGCCGCCGAUUAAUGUGACUACCGAAGCAAUCGAAAUAACAACAUUGUCUGUUAAGACAGAAACGACCCCAUUCACAUCUAUUACUGAAAGGACAACGGUGAGCAUAGAAACUCCGUUUGUUUUCACAGAAACAUCAGAAUCUACAGUUAAGCUUAUAAAUAUAACUACAGAAGCAUUAUUAAUCAAUGUAACUACUGAAACGACAGAAUCACUGUCAAUAAACGAAACAGAAAUAACAAGCACACCUAUUGCAACAGUAAUAACAACAUCCUCUCCGACUGAAAAGCCAACCACCAUAAUUUCGCUCGUCACAUUCAAAAACGAAACUCUAAUACCAGAAAUAAAAUUGCUGACAACCUCAACCAUAUUUCCUACAACGUUUUGGACAGGCCAAUUCACAAGUCCCACCAUCUUUGAAACCAUGGAAUCCGUUUAUGUUACACCGCCUAAAUUAUUACCCGAGAUGACGACAACAAAGUUACUCGAAGUACCUACCACAACCAUAAAACUGUCUACUGAAUUCCCCGAGAAGACUGAAACGAUUUAUGAGGAGCUCGAAGAGGAGGAAGAGUACGAGGAAGAAGUUCCCACUACUGAAGAACACCCGGCGUUCUAUGAUUACGAAGAAGAAACAACAACAACAGCUGUAACUAAGAAAACAACGGAGGCAAUGUUUACAACUUUAUCUGUUAAAAUGGAAUAUCCAAUUACUAUGGAAAACAUAACUAUUACCACGGAGAAUGCUACUACUGCGCUUAUUACUGUAAUCAGUGAAUCACCUCCUUCAAUUUCUCAUACUACAACACCAACAACGACCUUACCUCCUAUAAUUGAUAACGUUACUAUUUCCCUUAAGGAGAUACCAGAAUUUACUACAGAAAUUACCAAUGUAACUACAGAAUCGAUUGUAAUUACAACUGAAACAACUCCGUACACAACAUCAAUAUCAACCGUAUCAUUUACAACAGAAAGCGCCACUUUUUACACCGAAACAGUGAAAAUUACAGAAACAACUCCACUGAAUGCUACACCAAUAGAAACAGUCAAAACAGAAACAACAGUUCCCUUUAUUCCGGUAGUUACAACGGUUGCAACCUUCACUUCCGAAGAAACAGUUACCACAACUGAAGAAAUUGCUCUGAGCACCGGAGAAGAAGCCUAUGAAACUGAAACAAUGUACGACUACGAAUACGGGAAGGAGUACAAGGUAGCGUACGAAGAAGAAGAACACGAAGACGAGAGUACAGAAAUACUCACUCCAGUGUGGCGCGACUAUGAGGCAGAAAAUUACACGUCCACGAAACCAGCAGUCGAAACAACGACCAAAGAAGUUAUCAAAGUAGAAGUUACAAUCGUCAAAGCGGAAGUUAAUAUUACAACCCCCUUUGUGACUGUUCCCGAAAUCGUGUCGACAGUUUCAACCCCGUUGUACACGGAAGAAACAGAAACAACGUCGAAAGUGUCAACGUUAACUCCGAGCAAUCUUUCAUCUACAUUUACAGAAGAAACAACUUGGUCACCGUACGUAAAUGUUUCAUUUGCCACUGAAGAGGCUACAACGUUCGCCACUACGAAACCGGCGGAAACCGAAGCGACAGAGGGAGAGACAACGUUCGUCUCUGUGGAAUCUACCGAAACGGAGGAAGAAGAAUUGAAUUUUACCACCCUAAUAUACACUUUACCGCAAAGUACCGAAUUCUCCACGGAAUACUUGCCGAUGGAUUACUCGGAAGAGUUGGACACAAACUUCACGAGACCAAGGGAAGUUACUUUGUCCGAGCACUCAACAAAAUCGACGGAAAAGACGAGGUUACUCGUCACAAUGGCGAACGUCACAGAGUUACCUUUCUCGCCCGAAUUAACUACCUUCGAAUUAAAGGGCACAACGAAUCAAGCACAGAAGAAAAUUCGUCACAAAGAGUUAAAAGUGGAUCUGCUGGAGAAACUGGAAGAAUUAGAGGUUACCGAGAAGAAACUGCUGAAGCAAGAAGAAGAUCUUCAGAACGAAAUAGAACAAUGGCAACACGAGAAGGCGAAACGAAUACAGGACAUGAUCGAACGACACAAGCAUGUGACAAGCACUCCUGCAACUACGACUCCCACGAAAAUCGAACAUCUCACUGAUGGAUCACCGUUUGUACGCGAAACAACAGCUGCGUUUAAAACAACAGUUUCUUCGGUAGGUCUCGCGGAGACGAAACAGAAAACCACGGUAACUCCUGCAGCAACGACGGAAGAUGUGCUCGAGAAACAGAUCAGGAAGCUGGAGGGACAGAUUUCUGGGAAGGAGAGACAGCUGAAGGAGAAAAAAUUGAGGGAAAUGGAGGAGAAACUGUCGAGAGGAGAGGAUUUGGAGGAUAUUUUGAAGACCACGGGAACACGUUUCCUGGGAACGACACUCACGACGCCAUCUUUCUCGCAACUACCACCCACCGAGAGGACUACGAUCGACAUUCGAGAAACAACGUUAGCUGAAGUUAGCGGAGGAGCCACCGUGAGGAGGAUCGUCACACUUCACCGCGAGGAAGAGGAAGAGGAAGAGGAAGAAAAGAAAGGCACUACGAGGAUCUGUCUGAACGUUCUCAAGGAUAAACCUAAGGGAAAACACGCGGAGGGUUUAGUGACUGAAAAAGUUUGCCUGCCGUUCGUUCCAGGCAGCGCAGCUUCUAAGGACGAGAAAAUCAAGAUUGACAAGCUGCAGCUUAAAGGGCACGAAUGGACGGAGGGCGCAUUUACGAAGUAUCAUGGAGAACCGGAAACGGAGUCCGUUGACAACGAGAACGAGAGGAAGAGGUCGUUGUUUGGACAGGAUCGAUUUAAACGGAGCGACGGGGAAACUAUUGAACCUGAACUUUGUAUAGAUAACUUCGGUGAUGAUAAAAGAACAGAGACGCAAAUCAAAGAGCCGUUUCCGGUGUGUGGAAAUUGUAGUUCUCGAUUUACGGAUACUUUCGUGAACACCGGAGUGUCGGAAAUUAGUGAAAAGUAUGAUAGAAAGAAUGGCGAUGUUAAGAGAUACAGGAUUCGAUCUAUUCUUGAGAUUGGUGAAAAUGACGGUGAGGUAAUUGUUGGAAAGGAUAACGAGGCAAGUGUAGAGGAGUACGAUUAUGAAGGGGAGGUUGAGAGAAAUUUGAGACAAGAAGAGACCACGACGAAGUGGUUAACGGAAAGUACAGUUGAUACAAACGAAGAAGUUAAUUUUGGAAGAGAAAGUGAGUCGAGCGAAAAUGAUUCGUUAAAGGACAUUAGGUCUGGUGAUAGUGAAACUGAAUCAGUUGCGGAGGAUGAAGUCUACCAUACCACGGACAGCUUGGUGGGCGAAAUUGAGAGUGAUGAAGGUGAAGAAGAGGCAAGUUUAAGUGAAGAUGGCGAAGACGUUAAUGACAAUGAAAAUAUUCGGGAGAAAACUAGACAGACACCUGGCCCGGAAUGGCCGACAGAAGCUUUAACCGCGUACCGUGUGGGUGGUACUAAAACUUGGAUGUUGGAGUAUCCGGUACGAGGAGGUCCAGAAGAGUCAGAGAGCGUCGAAGACGAGGAGAAUUUUCAGAUGGAGAACGGAGCUGUCGAAAAACGUCCACUAGGGCCGACUACUUGCUACUAUGUUAUCGUUAACAGUGAAGAAGACAGUCGAAAGCCCUGA